AGAGUGAACUCUUGUUUUAGAUCUCCCUUCCGACCGGUGAGGACACUGGGGAGGAGGAGCAGACAGAGCCGCGGUGCGCAACGUCACAGACCCGGUCGGGAAGCGCGGUGGCAAUCGCGCAUUGGCUGACGGCGGUUGCCCUCGCUGACCAAUGGGGACGAGACGGGGCGUACAAAAGGGGGCGUGGCCCAGGGUUCUGUUCCUUCUGGCAAGGUACAGUGUGUGUGAGAGAGAGAGAGAGAGAGAGAGAGAGAGAGAGACGAGCGAGAGCGCAUUUUUACUGCAGUGUAUACGAGCAGGGGAAUAACUAAACGGAACUUAUUGUGUUUGAAUAUACCUGCUAACCCCUUCACCCUUUGUCUGUCCAUAGAGCACUAACGGGACGCUCCGGGAAUACUUUGGAGGAGCGCGGACCCGGAAGUGCCGGACUGUGUGCAGUACUUCAUCUCGGGGGGGAGUGAGGAAGGACGGACUGUGUUUUUGUUUGAUUGUCCUUGCGUUUUGGUUUCAUUUUCAUUUGGGACUGCAACCCCUUUCUUUCCCUUUGUUUGUCGGGUUACACAUUGUUGUGUAUCCCGGCGCUGUUAUUAUUAUUAUUAUUAUUAUUAUUAUUAUUAUUAUUGUUGUUUGACCGGGUUACACAUUGCUGUGUAUCCCGGCGUUAUUAUUGUUGGACUUUUCCCGUGUUGUGGAUUAAAACCCGGAGUUUACCAACAAACCUGGACUGGUCUAGCGAUCUUUUACACCACACCCUCAGCCAACCUGUCACACGUGGCGUCAGAAGUGGGAUGGAUCCAGCCAGUUUUGCGGCGGUGUUGGAGGCUUUGGACAGCCGAAGGGAGGUUGAGGAACGGAGGAGGGAGGAGCGAUACACGGCCCUUAUCGAGAGGGUCGGGAUGGGGAUGACGUCAGCAGCAACAACGGGCCCCGUGAUGGUUGCCCCGAAGGCCCGGGCCCAGAAAAUGACGGUGGAGGAUGACCCCGAAGCCUACCUUGUGGCAUUCGAGCGGCUGGCCACCACCGCAGCCUGGCCCCGGGAGUACUGGGCGAGCCAACUGGGCCCUUGCUUGAUUGGGGAGGCGCAAGCCGCAUAUCGGGCUAUGACUGAUGAAGACGCGGCCCAGUACGACUUGGUGAAGCAGGCUAUCCUCCGCCGUCUGAACAUCACGGGGGAGACCCACCGGGUCAGAUUCAGGGAGUUCCGGCGGCCACCAAACACACGACCCAGGGUGGUGGCCCAACGGCUAUGCGACCACAUGGCGCAAUGGCUAAACCCCAGCCAGAAAACUGGGGUUCAGAUGGGGGAAGCCAUUGUCAUGGAACAGUUUUGCCAUGUGGUCGGAGGCGAAACGCAGGCCUGGAUACGCCGGCACAACCCCACCACCCUGGACCAGGCCGUAGCACUGGCCGAGAACUUCGAGGACUCCCUCAUGUCCGCCCAGACCACCUUGCUGAACUACCCCUCCUCCUCCGUUACUAAGGGACCACCACCAAACCCCCCCGGACCAAGACCUGCCAGACCACCGGCCCCGUUGGGCCAUCCAAGCUCCUUACCAUGGAGGCAGAGGUUGGCUCCCAGCUGGGGUAGAAUGGUUUCCCCCGCCCCGCUGUCAUACCAGCAGCGGGACAAGUAUGUACCGCCCUUGCCCUCUGCCCCACCAGUCUGUUUUAGGUGCCAGCAGCCGGGACACAUCGCCAGAUACUGCCCGGCCGCCAUGGAGUGCGACGUGGCUGCGUGUCAUCUGGCAUCAGAGACAGAGCACUAACGGGACGCUCCGGGAAUACUUUGGAGGAGCGCGGACCCGGAAGUGCCGGACUGUGUGCAGUACUUCAUCUCGGGGGGGAGUGAGGAAGGACGGACUGUGUUUUUGUUUGAUUGUCCUUGCGUUUUGGUUUCAUUUUCAUUUGGGACUGCAACCCCUUUCUUUCCCUUUGUUUGUCGGGUUACACAUUGUUGUGUAUCCCGGCGCUGUUAUUAUUAUUAUUAUUAUUAUUAUUAUUAUUAUUAUUGUUGUUUGACCGGGUUACACAUUGCUGUGUAUCCCGGCGUUAUUAUUGUUGGACUUUUCCCGUGUUGUGGAUUAAAACCCGGAGUUUACC